AUGUCCCGGACCCUUACUCUCAAGAAAACGCCGGGCAAACCGGGCCAGGUCUACUACCCGCUCGAGCUGAGUACGAAACCCGUUCCCAAGCCGGGCCCGGGUCAGCUGCUGGUCAAGAUCCACGCCGCCGCCCUCAACCACCGUGACUUUUUCCAGCGCCAGGCCCUGUACCCGGGCCUAUCCUUUGACCAUCCGAUCCUGGCCGACGGCUUCGGCACCGUCGUGGCCCUGGGCCCCGACGUGUCGCCGGCCGCCGCGAAGCUGCUCCACCAGCCCGUGGUCCUCACCCCGUCGCGCGGCUGGGCGCGCGACCUCGCCGGGCCCGAGCAGAUUGCCAAGUUUAGCGUCAUUGGCGGCGCGGCCCUGUAUCCCGACGGCACGGCGCAGGACUACAUUGCCGUGCCCGAGGACGAGGUCGAGGCCAGCCCGAGCCACCUCUCGCCCGCCGAGGCCGCCGCCCUCCCCCUGGUCGGCGUCACGGGCUGGCGGGCCCUGGUGACCAAGUGCGGAUUGUCGCCAUCCGGGGCCCAGGGCCGCAAUAUCCUCGUCACGGGCAUUGGCGGCGGCGUGGCGCUGCAGGUCCUGCAGUUCGCCGUCGCCAUGGGCUGCAACGUCUACGUGACGUCGGGGUCGGCCGACAAGAUUGACCGCGCCGUGAAACUGGGCGCCCGCGGCGGCGUGAGCUACCGGUCCAAGACGUGGGACAAGGACCUGCUCAAGCAGCUCCCCAAGGACCGACCGUUUCUCGACGCCGUGGUCGACGGCGCCGGCGGCGACAUCGUCGGUCGGGCCUCGCGGCUGCUCAAGCCCGGCGGCAUCAUUAGCUGCUACGGCAUGACCACGUCGCCCCGGAUGGACUGGGUGAUGCAGGCGGUGCUCAAGAAUGUCGAGCUGCGUGGUUCUACCAUGGGGUCUCGCGGCGAGUUUCGCGACAUGGUGGCAUUUGUGCGCGAGAAAAAGAUUACGCCAAUUGUCAGCCGAACGGUCAAGGGCCUAGAUAAUUUGGCUGAAAUCGACGGACUUUUUGAGGAUAUCAAAGAGGGGAAACAAUUUGGCAAACUCGUCAUUGAGAUCUCAGAGCCUGGAGCCGACAAGGUAGCAGCCAAGCUGUAA